AUGUCAGCUCAUUAUGUUGAGUCUUUGGAAAAUGGCCAUGCUGGGCAGCGAAGCCGUCUCUUUGAUCAUCCCCAAAGCAAUUUUGUUACAGGCUCUGAAUGCAUCGUUGGAUUUGAUGGCCCCAGUGAUCCUUACCAACCGCGCAACUGGCCUAGUCGAAAGAAGCUUCUCACAACUGCUCUUUACGGUCUGAUCACGAUGACAGCUACAUGGACGACUAGCAUUUACUCACCGGCAGUUGAUGAGAUAUCGCAGGCAUUUGGCGUGAGUAAAGAAGUGUCAUUGCUGGGCCUGAGCUUCUGCCUCCUAGAAUUCGGUCCACUGGUAUGGGCCCCUUUAUCAGAAGUCUACGGUCGAAAAUGGCCUGUUCUUGUGCCUUGUGCUGCUGCCGCAAUCUUUUCUUUUGGGGCUGGCGCAGCUAAAGAUAUUCAAACCAUUCUUAUAUGUCGUUUCUUUACUGGAUUCUUUGGGUCUGCCCCAGUUUCCAACACCGGUGGCGUGCUCAGUGAUAUAUAUAGCCCGACCGCAAGAGGGUAUGCGAUCAUGUCGUAUUCGCUUGCAGUUAUUGUUGGUCCAACACUGGGACCUUUAGUUGGAAGUGCCUUGGUUGAGAGUCAUCUUGGCUGGAGGUGGACGCAAUAUCUUGCGGGCAUCCUCCAAAUUAGCAUUGUUCUGAUUGGCGCUCUGAUCCUGGAAGAGUCAUAUGAGCCAGUCCUCCUGAUACGCAAAGCGAAAUAUCUGCGGGCAACAACUGGGAACUGGGCCUUGCACACCGAAUUCGAGGAGUGGAUUGGUAAUAUCACCUUGAAAUACUACUUCAACAAAUUCGGCAUUCGCCCGGUGCAGAUGCUCCUGACCCCAAUUUGCUUCUUAGUGGCCUUGCAUGCGUCCUUCAUAUUUGGUGUCUUUUACGCUACCCUAGCAGCAUUUCCAAUUCUUUUUGACCAGACCAGACACUGGAACUCUGUCGUUGGCAGCCUGGCAUUCCUAGCUCUUCUUGUCGGAAUUUUACUCGGGGCUAUCGUCGUUGCUCUGGGUCAGUAUCAUUACAAUCACGUAUACAUGGCCGCUGGUGGUGUAACUGUACCAGAAGCUCGCUUGCCACCCAUGAUGAUCGGCUCCUUUGUGUUCGCGGCGGGCCUCUUUAUUCUAGGGUGGACGGCCAAUCCAUCCAUUCCGUGGAUUGUGUCGUUCAUUGGGGCAGGAUGUGUGGGGUUUGGAUUUUUCACGGUUUUUCAAAGCGCCCUCAACUAUCUCCUGGACGUUUUUAAUCGAUGGGGUGCUAGCGCUAUCGCAGCGAACACCUUCCUGCGCAGCACACUUGCUGCAGUGUUUCCCCUUUUCAUUGAUUCAAUGUAUCAAGCAUUAGGCAAUGGGCCGGCGACGAGUGUCUUUGGGGGAUUUGCUGUUUUGUUAAUUCCCAUUCCAUUUUUCUUCUGGAUUUGGGGCCCACGCAUACGAAGCAGCGGAAAAUAUACAUUCAAUGUCGGCUGA